AUGAGAGGUCUGCAUCACACCUCCAAAAUUUUGGCUGCUGCCUGCGCCCUUUUCCAUCCCUCACGCCAGAAGUGCACCCAGGACCAAGAUUGCAGUCUAAUAAACGGCGUCUGCAGCCGCAAUCACGCCUGCCGUUGCGAUGCCGGCUGGAUCGGAGACGAUUGUGGUAUUCUCGACGUCCGCCCAGCCAAGAGAGACAAUGGGUACAACCAGACAGCCCGAGGGACAUCAAGCUGGUGCAACAGCAUCGUCAAAGACCCCCAGGAAGACAACUUAUAUCACCUCUUCGUGUCCGAGUUCAGCCACGGCUGCGGCCUCGACUACUGGGCACCGUACAGCCGCAUCAUCCGAGCAGAAUCCCGUUCCGGGCCAGCAGGACCAUACGAGUCUGCCGCUCCGGUCCAGGGCACUUUUGCCCACAAUCCGACUGUGGUCUACAGCCCUGCCGAUGGAGAGUGGUUGAUGUACCGCAUUGGUUGUCCGACAGAGGUUGCCGAUACCUGCCAAGUGAAGCGCUUCACGUGCGGAGCUGGAAACACAAACAACGGCGAAAGUGGCAUCACCGUCAUGACCAGCCGCGAUCUGAGGAACUGGAAGUCCCAGGGUCAGGUGCUGAGAGGGAACAACGGCAGCGGCUGGGACGCAGACGUGACAAACCCCUCUGCGUUCCCGCUCUUCUCCAGGACCAGCCGCGGUGACCAGGGCGACUUGAUUGCCGACACUCGGGCAGUGCUGCUGGCUUACCGCGGCUGCCCGUACAAUUGCGCCGGCGAAGAGCUCAUCAACGUUGCCGUGUCAGAAGCCGGAUACGCUGGUCCCUACGAGAAGCUUCAGCAGGAUCCAGUCUUUGCCAGUGGCAACGAGGACCCGUUUAUCUGGCGCGACAGCCGAGGCACUUACCAUAUGCUGCUGCAUUCCCUCGAACCAGGAGGCGGGUUCGGAGACGGGCCAAGGGUCGGACGGCAUGCUUGGGCGCGCGAUUACCAGGGGCCGUGGACUCUCGGCAACCGGACUUUGGCGUUUAGUACCGAGAUCAAGUAUGAUGACGGGACCGUCAUAGACUUUCACAGAAGGGAGCGGCCGCAGCUGUAUUUCUCAGAGGAUGGGACCAUGACACCGCUGUUCUUGGGGACGGGGGUGCAGCCAAAGGGCAGCGCGAUGAGCUAUUCGGUCAUCGUGCCUGUCGGCGAUGCGGGUGUUGACGCACAGAGGGCGUCAAGACGGUGA